AUGGCUGAGUUCGCCGUUAAGAAAAUCUCUCCGAAGCUCGGAGGAGAAAGAGGAACUCGAAACCCUAACGGCCCAACUUCUUCACAUGACCUCGUCGAGCCAAUGGAGUUUCUUUACGUAGAAGUAAUCAAAACCAUCAACAAAUCUGUCCUAAACCCUAUCACCCACGCAUGUAAACCUAUCGUUGAGAUCACUCUCGGCAACUACCAAUCCUCUACCAGAGAUCUACCAAUGGGACCAAGCGGGGCCUGGAACCAAGUCUUUGCUUUCGACAAAUCUACAGCUGAUGUCUUGUCCGUUGCCCUAAAAGACGGUCAGUUUCCUAACAAUACUUUGAUCGGCAAGCAAAACUUCAAGGUGGCUGCGGAUAUUCCGUCUAGGGUUCCUCCCGAUGCAAGAAUGGCUCCUCAGUGGUACCCUAUACCGAGCACUGUGGAAGGUUACCACAUGGAGUUGCUGAUGUCGGUUUGGUUCGGUACACAAGCCGAUGAGGUUUACUCAAACGCUUGGUUUGCCGACGCGUCUACUGUGAGUGCUAGUCGCGAGAAAAACACGCGACCUAAGCUAUACCUAGCUCCAAGGCUCUGUUACGUUAGGGUUACGAUUGUUUCAGGUCAUGAUUUGAUUGCCAACGAUCGAGACCGAACACCUAACGUUUACGUGUCGGCAACUCUAGAUCAAGUCCGUUUAAAAACCAAGCCAAUCGAAAGCAAGAACCCGUCGUGGAACCAAGAUCUCAUCUUUGUAGCAUCAGAGUCGUUAGACGGAACGGUCAAAAUACAACUAUGGGAUCUCAACAAAGACCCACACGAUCAAUGCAUAGGAACAUUAGAAACGAAGCUGUCAGAGAUGACUGCGGUUAAAGUUCCAGGAGCCGCGUCGACACUGUUCUACGACAUUAAACCGGGUGGUAAGAUCCAACCGGAAGGCGACACGAGGCGGUUCGCCGGCAGACUCAAGAUGAAGCUAGCCACUGAUCAGUCCUACCACGUCUUUGAUGAAUGCACCCAAUACUGUAGUGACUACCGAGCUUUCGCAAAAGGGUUAUGGCCCGGUACGUUAGGGAAGCUAGAGGUUGGUAUUCUUGGUGCAACCGGUUUACCUCGCGCGAAAAACGCCUUAAAGGACAGGAACGCUUAUGUUGUGGCCAAGUAUGGUAAUAAAUGGGCCAGGACUCGAACCGUGGUCAAUAACAAGUCGCCUAAGUGGAACGAGCAGUAUUCUUGGGACAUAUACGAGAAGUGCACUGUCUUAACGCUUGGAGUCUACGACAACCAACAGAUCUUUAGUAUCGAUAAAGAAAACGAUGCUCCGGUCGGGAAAGUGAGGAUCCCAUUGAGUUUACUUCAAUGGAACAGGAUCUACACUGGUUCUUAUCCGAUCUUGGUGUUAGGUAAAGAAGGGUUAAAGACAACAGGUGAGAUUCAGCUAGCGGUUCGCUGCGCUUGUCCACCGCCAACGUUAACGUUCUUUCCACCUUCCUACGCGUUUGCUACGGCUCCUUUCCGUUUGCUGCUACCCAAGUCUCACUACAAGUCUCCAAUAUCGUUGCCUCAGAUCGACCGUCUGCGAGAGUUAGCUGUCGGUGUGAACUGUCAGAACCUGGCGAGAACUGAGCCGCCAUUGAGAAACGAAGUCGUAAAGGAUAUGUUGUCGCCGAAGAACAAUAACUUCAGUAUGAGAAAAACCAAAGCCAAUGUCGACAGGCUUUAUGACUUCUUUACGUGGCUGUCAAGCAAGUAUGGUCGGUUAGAUGCAGAGGUCAGGUCCACGACAGAUAACACUCCGAAGUGGAUCACGUUUGCUGUCUGUUUUUGUGUUCUUUGGUUGCUGCCGCCGUUAACGCUGUGGUUGGUGGUUUAUCUAUAUCCGUAUUGCCUCGUGUCAUUCAGUGUUUACGUAAUGAUCAAGGUCUUGGUGGAAUAUUACAAGACGAGGAAUGGUACUGGUCCUCCUCCUCCUUUGGUUCUCUUCGACGUGAAGCUCUCGAGGCUCGAGAAACUCGACGACACGCAGGCGCUUGACGAGAUAGCCGAGGAGUUCGACGCGACGUCGGCUGUCGACCCGCAGGUUCUCAAGAUGAGGUACGAUAGGUUGAAAGCUAGUGGUGCGGAGGUGAUGGUGUUUUCGGGGGAAGCUGCGUCACAGUUCGAAAGGUUUCACGCGCUUUGGAUGUUAUGUACGAGCAAUAAAGUCGUGUUGAUUUGCGUCCUGGCCCUGCUUUACCCGGUCUUGCUCGUCUAUUACUAUUUUUCGUUGGAGUCUCUGGUUAAGGCUUUCAUUACCGUCUUUGUUUUUAAAUGGGUUAACUUCACGUUUAAUCGGUUGGAUCUGCCCUCUGCCUUCAAGAACUUCUUCAGAAGAUUGCCUAACAAAGAACACCUCAUGAUGUGA